UUAAAGAAAAAAUGGCUUUUUGGCAGGAGAAUCUUCCCUUUAUCAAGGGAUUCUUCGAUGAGAGGUCCCAGAAGUUUUUCGACUUGAUGGACCGAGCUGAGGCCUCUAUUGCACAGGUGAACGCUGACAAGAUCUAUACAUCUAAGGAGUUUAAGAGAAUCAAGGAUAAUUUCCAGAACAUUGUAAAGAACCUGGAAAGAGGUGAGGUUAGAGACUGGCUCAAUAAUACUAAACAACUCCUUGCAGAGGAGAAAAAGAUGGCUGCUGAGGGAGGAGGAGAGAUUGUGCCGAAGAAGGGAUCAGCUGACGAUAAUCUUGUGAAAAUUUUUACAAGAUUUGAGAGUUUGAUGCCUCGUGUUAAUGAGACAAAGUUGGUUACUGACAUGCUCUGGAAAUCCUAUGAGUUCACAGAUGAUCUUGUGCCUCUGAUGGAAUUUGCAAAUGAACAGCUCGGAGCUGCAACCAGAGAGGUUUUCUCUGGUUCUGUUUCUCAAACUGAGGAAAUUAUUGAUAAGCACAAUAAAACAAUGGACAAAAUAGACAAAAAAGCAAAGGAGGUCAAAGACGUUAUAGCCAAGGGAGAAAAGUUGGCAGGUGAAGCAAAGGCUCCUGAGUUCCUUGCUAAGAAACUGACUGAAAUGAAAGAUCUCUGGAAGAAGACGACUGAUGAGGCUAAAAACAGGCUCGCAGAUCUGAAGGGAAAUUCUGGAGCAUGGAAUGCUUUUGCUGAUAAGUGUGCGCUGCUAAACACUCAUGUGCUGACAGCUCAGAAGCAGAUUGCUGACGUCAAGAAGUUGUACGACAUGGAUAAGGCUAAGUCUGACCACGCAGACCGCAUGAAUAAAGCUGCUGCCAUUAAAGCUGAGAUUGAUCGAACCCUGGCUGGAGUUGAAGAGGCCAAUGCUGUUCUUCAGAUUCUAGCCGAUGAUGGAGUGAAGGCUCAGCUGACUCAAGAAGUAACAGAUCUAAAGACAGCAUGUGAGGUUAGAAAAGAGUUGGAUGCAAAACUAGCAUGGCUGGACAACUUCAAUAAGAGCAUUAUUGAAUUUGACAAAACAGCCACAGAUCUUGAAAACCUAGUAGCUAAAGAUAGAGCAGAUCUUGAUGCUCUUAUAAAACCUCCAGAGAAGAUGAAAUCCACUGACAGGCUGGUGUCUGCAAUGGAUCUGGCAGAUGAUAUCAGAGCUCAGAAAGAAAUCCACGAAGCAAAACAGAAACUGUGGUCCGAGGAACUAGAACCUGUGGGUAAAGAGAAUACUCCAGAGGCUAAGGAGUUUGUUAACAGAAUGACAAUAAUUGGAGAAAAAUUAGACAGCUUGGAGAAGGAAGCAGAUGGAGAAGCAGCAAAGUAUGGAAAUGACAUUGUUUUCAUGGCGGAAUUUGCUAACUCUAAGAACCAGUUUAUGGGCUGGAUUCAGAGUGCUGAGGAGAAGGCUAAGAAGGGAUAUGCUUCACCGAACAAUCUGGAGGAGUCUACCGCUCUUGUCAACGAUUGCAAGGAGUGGAAGAUUAUGUGUGACAAGGUAGAAAAGGUUCUCCAGAACGGAAAGCUAAGCUCUGCUAAGAUGACCCUUCACGCUGAUGAAGACAAGGAGAUGGUUGAUAUGAUGGCCAGAUGGGAUGCCGUGAACAAGGCCUGUAUUGAAUGGUCUAAAAAGCUGGAAGAACUAUCAGGAAUGUGGAGUAAACAGACAGAUAUGUUGAAUAAAGUAACCAGCACAAUGGUAACAAGUGGAGGAACUGGGGAACAGGUGAACCUGAAUGAGCUGGACCAGCAGAUGGAGGCCAUUAAGGAGAUGUUUGUCAAGAAGCAGGAAAUGAUGAAAAAGAUGAGCACAGCUCAGGCUCCUGACCCGGCUCAACUUGCUGCAUAAAAAUAGAAUUUUUGUUCUUUGAAAUGUUAAUAAAAUGUAAAUAUAGAUAAAGAGGAUUUUAA